AUGCUGCUGGUGCUAGUGAAGAUCAUUCUCACCGUCUUCAUUGCAAACUGUGAACUGCGGGAUGGCCUUCUGGAGCCAAACGAUAACCGUAACAUGCGUUAUUCUAAAUUGCCCAUUUCGAAUGUAUCCAAAGGAAGCUCAAGUCCUCCACAAUGUCUUACCUGGAGCAGGAAGCUGCAAGGUUAUUUGGAUAAUUUGGCGUUGAACAAUUGUUCUCGCUGGAGACCGGAGGUUUUCAAAUGUUCAAUCAUCAUUGUCACUUACAACGAGCUACCAACCACCCUAAUUAGCACAAUCGGGAGCAUUGAAAGCAAUACUUCCAAAGAGCUGCUUCAAGAAAUACUCAUCGUGGAUGACAACAGUGAGAAACCAGUUAGUCUGGAUGGCCUGAAGGGCACUACACCAGUAAGAUGCUGGCUGUUUUUAAAUAUUACACAUGAUUAG